UAGCGACAGGGUCCGUUACCGAGGGCGGGUUCCCCGAGCCUUCUUCUUUUUCUGUAAAAUCUGAAUUCUCUGCACAGAAGAAGAGGUCGGGUUCCAGGAACCCCAGCCUCUUUCUCUUUUCUGUUCUCAGAUCUUAAGACCCAAUCACGCAUCUCUAUGCAACCUUCAUUAUUUUACUGCUGCUCAGCAAAUUCGUAUCUCCUCUCCUCUUGCAUGGACGGUCCCCUGUCACUCUCGCCAAUCUCAACGGUCAGAUUUCUUUCCCUCUCUCUCUUCCAUGCACGACUUCUAUGUCUUCUCACUUUUGGAAGCGUUCAAUUUUUUACCUGUCUAUGUUCUGUACGUGGAUGAUGAUAGCUCUGUUCUAGUCCUGUCAAGUUUCUUUCCUCUAUGAGAAAUUCUACUUCCCAGUUCCCUUCUCCUUCAUUCUUUCAUCACAUUGUUUUGCCCCUAGAUAAUCUCCCCUUGGCUCUAUCGUUACUCACAAUGUUACAUUUUCCUCUCCAUUUGUACUUUCAGGCGUUCUCACCAACAUCAUCACCAUGAAAGCUAUGCAAUUUCUCUUUCAGUUGACUCUUUUGGACUUCAUUUCUUUCUGGGGUCUGAUAUGGGCUGUGGAGGAUCCAAAGUCGAUGAUUUGCCGCUAUUAACUCGUUGCAGAGAGCGAAAAGAACUUAUCAAGGCAGCAUCUGACCACCGCUACGCCCUUGCCGCUGCCCACGUCUUGUAUUUUCAGUCGCUGAGGGAUGUUGGCGAGGCAAUUCGGAGAUUCGCUGAUGAGGAGCUCGUGAUCGCUUCUUCUUCUUCUCCUGGGUCGCCCGUACUAACAUUACCCUCUUGGGAAAGGAAAUACAGGCCAAAAUCCAAAAACUCAUUCUCAUCGACAUCCAUUUCUCAUUCUGUGGACGAUAGCAAUCAUAAAAAGAGCAAAAACAAAGACAAGGAGGAGAUUGAAGAUUCGCAUUUGCAUUUGUCAUCUGGGUCCGACUUAGACACUGGUUCGGGUCAUAUCCACAUACACAAUACUGCUGAAGAGGAAGAAGUUGAUUUGGGUCACACCCACGUACACAAUACUUAUGAAGGGGAAGAAGUGCACCAACGCGAAAUACCUUCAACUUCUUACCAUUUUAAUGAUUAUCCUCAAGAAAAUUGGAGUUAUAAUUAUCCGGGAGAUAAUCCAUAUUCAUAUCCAUACCCGUAUCCCUUCUCCAAUCCUUAUCCAAACAUGUAUUACAUGAAGAGUUCUGCUACUCCGUCCAAGACAGUGGUCUAUGAGGAUCCAACAGUAAAUGGGUAUUCGAGUUAUUAUGGAAGUGCCGGGUAUUUCGGGUACCCGAUGAUGGGUUCGCCGCAGGAGCCAAGUCCGCAGAGGCCGCCACCGGUGCCGCCAUCGCCGCCAAGAGUGUCCACCUGGGACUUUCUGAAUGUGUUCGAUACAUAUGAUAACCAUACCGGUGGGCUUCCGGGUUAUUACUCAGUGGGAAGAUACGGGUACGGUUCGACAACCAGUAGUCCGGAUUCGAAGGAGGUGAGAGAAAGGGAAGGUAUCCCUGAUUUGGAAGAUGAAACAGAGCAAGAAGUGAUAAAAGAAGUUAAAAAAGAAAAGAACAGAGUGAAAGAGGAAAUGAAUGUGAAUGGCAAAUACAAAUUCAAUGAAGAAGUUGAUAAGAAUUAUGGAGAAGGUACCUCAAAAUCCGUGCCAGUUCAAAGCAGCACUGAGAGUAUGGACUCAUUUAAGGGUAAAGAAAUCAAGAGGAAUACUAGUCUUGAUACAUUUUGUAGUCCUGAGAGCGUUCUUUCUUCCAAGAGUCUUGGUGAGGACUCUGUGAGGAAGAAAGGAGUGAGCUUUGAGUUCGAGGAGGCAUCUACUAUGGAUAUUGAGUCUUCUAAACGCAGUAGCUUAACCACAUUGUCUGUUCAUGGUACUAGGGAUCUCCAAGAAGUGGUGAAUGAAAUAAGGGACGAGUUUGAGACUGCCUCUAGUUAUGGCGGGGAGGUUGCAUCGUUGCUUGAGGCGGGCAGGUUGCCUUACCAGCGAAGAACCACCUUGCUAAGAGUAAUUUUAUCCCGGAUUCUGUAUCUGGUGUCAUCACAUCCUCCUACCAGGCCGUCAGUGCAAAUCUCUUCUAGGGCUAUGAAAAUGGCAAAAGCAUACUCUGAGGAGCCUGGAAAUGAUUUUGACAUGAAGGCUAGAAGCCUAUCAUCUACCCUGGAGAAAAUUUAUGCAUGGGAGAAAAAACUAUACAAGGAAGUUAAGGAGGAAGAAAGGCUACGAGUUGACUAUGAAAAACGGUGUAAAAGAUUGAAAAGCUUAGAUGAACAUGGAGCUGAGUCUAGUAAAAUUGAUGCUGCCCAGGCUUCAAUAAGGAAGUUGCUGACAAAAAUUAAUGUUACUAUCAGAGCUGUUGAUACCAUAUCAAGCAAGAUACACAGGUUGAGGGACGAAGAGUUGCAGCCUCAAAUCACUGAAUUGAUUCAUGGAUUGAUGAGAAUGUGGAAGUCCAUGCUCAGAUGCCACCAGAAACAAUUCCAAGCUAUCAUGGAGAGCAAAGCUCGAUCUCUCAAGGCAAACACUGGUUUGCAAAGAGAUUCUGGUUUGAGAGCUACUCUUGAACUUGAAACAGAGCUAAUCAAUUGGUGCACCCGCUUUAAUAAUUGGAUCGACACCCAAAAAUCUUAUGUUGAGUUAUUAAAUGAGUGGCUUUUAAGGUGCCUUCUCAUUGAACAUGAAGAAACACCUGAUGGAAUUGCACCCUUCUCCCCAGGCAGAAUGGGUGCUCCACCUAUUUUUGUAGUUUGCAAUGAUUGGUGUCAAGCAAUGUUUAGGAUUUCUGAGAAGGAGGUGGAAAAUGCCAUGCUCAACUUUGCUUCAAGCUUACGUCAAUUAUGGGAACGGCAAGACGUGGAGCAGCGUCAGAAGAUCAAAGCAGAUUAUCUCACAAAGGAUUUUGAGAAGCGUCUGAAGACCUUACGCAUGGAGAGGGGGAGGAUCAUGCCGGAGCAGGAUGCGUUGUCAGAUAAAGCUAUGUCAAAGGUUCCUUCAGAGAGUGGAGUUUCACCCUUAGAUGAUCUGAAGGUGGAUUUGGAUUCAAUGAGGAAGAAAUUAGAAGAAGAGAGAUCCAGGCAUAAGGAAGCUGCUAAACUAGUUCAUGAUGCAGCUUCAGGUAGUUUACAAGCAGGUCUGGUCCCAAUUUUUGAGGCUUUGGGCAACUUCACUUCGGAGGUUUUGAAAGCUCAUGAGCAAGUUAGACUUGAAAAUGCUGGAGGCUCAUAGUAAACUCAUUCUACAACUCUAGCAGUUUAAAGGUGUUUCAGGAAGGAGCCUGCCUUGCUCUGUACCGAUGAUUAGAUCGCAAAGGGCGAGGAAAAAGGGGGAAAAACUAUACAGAGAGAUUGGAAAGCAACUUCAAAAAGAUGUUGAAAAAGGUGAGGUUGUAGAAUUGCAUAAACAAGCUGAAGAUUCAGUAGAAGAAAAAAAAUGCGGUGGGUAAGUUAAAAUCUUCUUGUCUUUAUAAUGUGGUUUUGCCAAAACCUAGUAGAUAUGUAGGAAUUUUGUACAGAAAUUCAUUUAUUGGUUGGUGGUGGUUGUAUUUGUUGCAACUGGACGGUGUUGGAGGAGGAUUGCAUUUAGGUUUAUAAUGUAAGCUUCUUUCUCAGUGUAGGAGAUUAAAAAAUUUUGAAUCUAGUAUUUGGUAAUGAUACAGAGAGCUCUAUUUGAGA